AUGGCCAUGGCCUCCACUUCUUCCUCAUCACUUCCAAUCCCUCUCUCCACACCUUCCCAUGAGCCAUCCAAUAAAACCCAAAAAGCUUCCAUCUUUAAAAUCUCGCCACCACCAAGCCCAUCUCUUAAAACCCCAUCAAUUCGCUCUCGCUUAAGCAAACUUUGUCAAGAAGGGCAACUCCAUCUCGCACGCCAACUGUUUGACACACUUCCCCGCCCAACAACUGUCAUUUGUAACUCCGUCAUAAUUGGCUUCAUUUGCAAUAACUUGCCUUUUGAAGCCAUUUUGUUUUAUUCUAAGCUAAAAAGUUCCAGUCUUGGAACCAAAUUUGAUUCAUAUACUUACUCUUCUACACUCAAAGCUUGCGCGGAAACGCGCAGUUUAAAGAUCGGUAAAGCCAUUCAUUGCCAUCUUAUUCGGUGUUUAUCGAAUCCUAGUAGAAUUGUGUAUAAUUCCCUUUUGAAUAUGUACUCUAGUUGUUUAAGCAAUGUGGGUUGUUUGAGUUAUUUUGAUUACUCAAAGUAUGAUUUAGUGCAUAAAGUUUUCGAUACGAUGAGAAAGAGAGAUGUUGUUGCUUGGAAUACUAUGGUUUCUUGGUAUGUAAAGACAGAAAGACAUGUAGAAGCAGUUAAGCUAUUUAGGAUGAUGAUGAAAACGGGUAUAAAACCGAGUCCAGUUAGUUUUGUCAAUGUUUUUCCUGCCUUUUCGAGCGUAGGAGGUUUCAAGAAUGCUGAUGUUCUUUAUGGGAUGCUUGUUAAAAUGGGUAGUGAAUAUGUGAAUGACUUGUUUGUUGUGAGUUCGGCAAUAUUCAUGCUUGCAGAGCUUGGACGUGUUGAUUUUGCUAGGAAGGUUUUUGACCAUCGUGUGGAGGAGAAUACGGAAAUCUGGAAUACUAUGAUUGGUGGAUAUGUACAGAAUAAUUGUUUGGUUGAGGGUAUCGAUCUUUUUGUUCAAGCUGUCGAAACAGAACAGACUGUUCUAGAUGAUGUAACCUUUCUCUCAGCAUUAACGGCCGUCUCACUGCUGCAAUGUUUAGACUUGGCUCAGCAGCUGCAUGCUUUUGUAAUUAAGAAUCUAGAGGUAUUACCGGUGAUUAUACUGAAUGCGAUCAUUGUCAUGUACUCAAGGUGUAAUUCUGUCCACACGUCAUUUGAAGUUUUCGAGAAGAUGGUGGAAAGAGAUGUUGUAUCUUGGAAUACCAUGAUUUCUGCUUUUGUACAGAAUGGAAUGGAUGAUGAAGGGUUGAUGCUUGUAUAUGAGAUGCAGAAUCAAGGGUUUGCAAUUGAUUCUGUGACAGUAACUGCUCUACUUUCUGCAGCAUCUAAUCUCAGAAACCAAGAAAUUGGAAAGCAGACCCAUGCUUAUCUUCUUAGGCAUGGGAUACGCUUUGAAGGAAUGGGUGGUUAUCUUAUAGACAUGUAUGCAAAAUGCGGCUUGAUUAGGCUUUCACAACAAAUUUUUGAGAGAGGCAAUGUGGAAAAUAGAGAUCAAGCCACCUGGAAUGCUAUGAUCGCUGGGUACACGCAGCAUGGGCUAGUAGAAGAAGCUUUUGUUACCUUUAGACAAAUGCUUGAGAAAAAUGUAAUGCCCAAUGCUGUAACCUUAGCAUCCAUUCUCCCAGCUUGUAAUCCUGUGGGAAGUAUAGAUUUGGGAAAGCAGCUCCAUGGAGCCUCUAUUCGGCUAUUGUUAGACACAAAUAUCUUCGUCAGCACCUCCCUUAUCGACAUGUACUCUAAAUCAGGCGCAAUCAAUUAUGCUGAAAGUGUGUUUACCAAAUUACCAGAGAAGAACUCUGUUACCUACACAACAAUGAUAUUGGGUUAUGGUCAACAUGGGAUGGGCGAGAGAGCUCUCUCCCUGUUUCAUUCAAUGCAGAAAUCUGGGAUUGAACCUGAUGCCAUUACUUUUGUUGCUAUCUUGUCAGCUUGCAGUCAUUCAGGGUUGGUUGAUGAAGGUCUUCAAAUAUUUAAGUCAAUGGAGAAGGAUUUUAAGAUUCAGCCCUCAACUCUGCACCAUUGUUGCGUUGCAGACAUGUUAGGGAGAGUUGGUAGGGUGGUUGAAGCUUAUGAGUUUGUUAAACAAUUGGGUGAAGCUGGCAAUGUUUUGGAAAUUUGGGGAUCACUUCUUGGGGCUUGCAGACUCCAUGGACACGUUGAAUUGGGAGAAGUCAUUGCAAAGAAGUUGCUUGAAAUGGAGAAAGUAGGCAACAUUGCAGGCUAUCAUGUUUUGCUCUCCAAUAUAUAUGCUGAUGAAAGAAACUGGGUAAAUGUUGAUAAAGUAAGGAAACAGAUGAGGGAAAAGGGUUUGCAGAAGAAAGUUGGCUCCAGUUGGAUCGAUAUCGGAGGUUCUGUGGCCCGUUUUGCUUCAAAAGAUCAAGACCACCCUAAGGCUGAUAAGAUAUAUGAAAUGUUGGAAGGAUUGGCUAUGGAGAUGAAAAAGGUUGAUCAUAGUCCUCGAAUCAAUCCAUGA